AUGUACAGUCAAUUAUCAGAAAGUGAUAGAUUAAAGUAUAUAGAGUUAUAUACUAUUGUUAGUAGUUUGGGAUUGGUGAUAUCUGAAGAAAGUUUGUUAUCAGAGCUAAGUAUCGCUGAUUGUAAAAGACAUUCUCAAAAGAUUGAGAAAUUGAAAUUGUUGGAAUUAAAGUGUGUUAAUUCGGAAGCUAUUGAAAGUGAUUUAAGUGUAAAGGAGGUAGAAGAUAGUGAUAAUAUGACGUUUACUCCUAAAAGUACUACUUGGACUGCAAUGGUCAAUGUUUUUGACUCCAAGAAGGAAAAGUUUUCUAUUUUUUUGAAGAAGUUGGUUAAUGCUAUGAAGAUUGAUGGUGUUGGCGAUUCCGAUAUUCAAUUAAUGUUAUUGAAAGCUAAACUGGAUACUGAAUCUGCUUAUAGACUAGAUAAUUAUAAAGAAAGUAAAGGAAACAUUACUUUUGUUCAAGCAAGUGCAUUUUUAACUGAAGUAUAUGAUGGAGAUAGAGCAAGAAAUAUGGCUUCUAUAAAAGCUGAGAAAACUUCUUUGGAUGGUAUUGAUGAAGCAACUAAAACAAGAACAAUUAAGACACAGUUAAGAAAUAAAUUGAGUUUUAAUGUAGUAUUAAAGACAAGAUUCUUGGAUAGAUUUGAUUUUUAUUCUGAUUUUUGUGAAUUAGCUAUGGAUAUAUCUGAUUAUUGGUAUGCUAAUAAUGAUAAGAAAGGAAGAGGUAAAAAAAAUUUACAUGAAAAUAAUUUGGGUAAUAAUGGCAAUAGAAAUUUUGAUAUAAAUAAGAUUCAAUGUCAUAAAUGUAAGAAUUAUGGGCAUUAUGCAAAUAAGUGUGAAAAUAAAAUGAAUGAAACUGUAAAGCUUGAAAAUAAGAAAGAUCAAUAUUCUAAUAAUAAGGUAGUUUCAAAUGUAGAAUCUAUUGAACUUAAGGAAAGUGUAAGCAAAGUAAAUAAGAUUAGUAUGGUUAUUAAUCCUAAUCCAUUGAUUAUUUUGAAUAUGGGAGUAGGGAAAGGAUUUGUUGAUACUUUAAUUGAUAGUGGUAGUUCUGUUUCGCUUAUGUCUAUGAAAUCUCUUAAAGUUUUAUUGAAGGAUGAAGAUAUUGAAUUGAAGAAUACAGAUACCGUUUUAGUAGGUGCAUUUGGUAAUGAAACUGUUCCAGUUGGGAAAGUUAACAUGAGAGUUUCUUAUAAUAAUAUGCAACAUUUUAUUGAUAUUAUUAUUGUAUCACAAUUUAAUUAUGAUAUGAUUCUUGGUAUUAAUGAAAUAAAGUUAUUUAAUAAGUUAAAUAUUCCUUCUGAGUAUUUUUCAGCUGAAAUGGAGACUAAAAUAUUAAAUAAAGGUGAAAUAGUUAAAUCUUACUUAAAUAAUAGAGUUGUUAAUGCUGCGUCUGAGUUAGAAGUUUCAAAUGAGUAUAUUCUUGAGGAGAUUAAGAAAAAUUAUCCACAAGUUGAUAAAGUGUUGAGUAGACAUUCUAAUGAUAUUGGGAAAUUUAUUCACAAAGUUCCUAAGAUUGAAUGGGAUACUUCUGUAGAACAUUCAUAUUUUCCUUAUAAAUAUCCAGUUCAUCAGUUGGAAAUUGGUUAG